AGCAGUUCUUAAACAGAAAAAAACGUGAUCAUCAGUUAAUAUGGGUAAAGACAUUUCUUGGGAGAUCAACCACUGUAAAGGCCACAUACAAGAAGCAAGAAGACCACCUUGAUGUUUGACUUAAUUAUACAUAGCCCUUGAAAUAACGCAGAAUGAAAAGUAGAUAUACGCAAACUAUGGAGUUGCAAACUGCUUUAUAUUAGUGCGAACGACCUACGUGCGCUCGAUAUGUAAAUAAUGUUAAACGUAAAAAUAAGAAUGCGAAAAUGGCAAUGAUGAAUCGCUACAGUUUUGCUACGCUGGCACAAUUACUUUGACCAUACAUCGGCACGAUCUUGUGAGACAUGAGUUUUAAGUUCGUGCGAAUAGAUAUUUCAAGUAUUCAUAUAUGAUGUACUUGGCGAAUAUAAUGGCAAUAAUUGUGUGUAUCUAAUACGUCUUGUUAUAGUCGCAUAUUGUGCAAAAAUGGGCCAAGGUAUUCAACCAAUUUUUUCGGCCGCUCACAUAGAUCUUGAAAAAAAAUAGUUUGUCUUUUUUGUAUGUUUUUCAUAACUCCGUUAAAAUUAUUUUCCGCGCACUGCUGCGGAAUAACGCAUACAAAAUUGUAAAUUGGCAUAAAUUAUCUUGAUAGCGUUAGAAAGUAAGAUGAAUUGGACAAGGAUUGAUUUUGAAACUGUUUUUUUUUUCUGUUUGACUGCUCAUUGGUUUUCAAAUUGGUUCAUUCAGAGAAUUUCGAACACCUUUGAUCCCAGGAAAUUUUAAAUACGAUAAGCAAUCUAGUUUUCAAGCUUCGGAACUUAGUGGUGAAAAAUGGUGAUGAAUAUCUUAAUUGUCUUUCAGUAUAUAAUACAGGUGGAUAUGCCUUGAAAUUCAAUUAUAAUACCGGACGCAAUCGACCGAUUUGAUCGUUUGAAUCCAACAAUGCUGCUUCACAUUCAGACUUGAAAAAUAUUACAAUGCCAUAUCAUUGGAUUACAGAUUGUAUUCUUCUACGAAUAAAUACGUAAUUCAUUCGUCUCAUUGUUGUACCUACUCGGUAGCAAAUGCCAACGAUAUUGUAAUUCUCUCAUUAAUUAUGAAUUAUAAUGCCUACGCUAUAUUUGACUUCUACCGCGCCUUAUUUUCUUUAGAGAUGUGAAGCUCUUCAAAUUCUAGACGGAAGACCGGUUAUAAAAGAAAUAAUUUAAUGUAUACCAUAUCCAAAAUUCAACUGCUACAAAAGUAAUUUUCAAAAAGUCUGAAAUAAUGAUUGCAUCAAACUUUUUACUUCGAAGUACGAAAAAUUAUGUCCCUCAUAUCCCAAGUAACAAAUGAUGUAGAAUAUAAAUUGUGAGGCUCUAUAAUUAUCUGAAACCCUCUCUGAUUAUUCAUGAUUUGUCCAGAAUAUUAAAUUGGCAGAAAAAAGAUGAUGUUAUUUUGUCGAAUUUACAUGAACACCCCUUUACAAAGCCUGAAAUUAUACAAUCACAAACAAUUAUUAAAUUUUGUAAAGGAUUGGCCCAUAUUUUGUGAAUGAAAAAAUUUCGAUGAACGCUAAAAUUUGCGGAAUGUAAAUAGCGGGGUUCUUGACACCUGAGUUGACCUGGGGCUGAAAAUCAACCCUCGGGUGGGGUUCGUAUCGAUUAUAAACGUGGUGGGGGACACGGUGCGUCACACGGCGGCUAGAGAGGACCAAAGUAGUCCUAUGGAUGAUUAUAGUUUUGUCCUUCUCCAAAGCAAAACGCCAGUAGAACUUCAGAAGUAGAAGGAAGAGGUAGAACUUUCGAAGCACUCACAGUAGUGGAAAGAAACGCAAUGUUAUAGAAAAUUUACGCUGGUGGCUUCAAUUGCAUCGUUAUUUGUUGUUGACCUUUUUAUGCACUGCUUAAAUACGGUAAAUUCUUGGAAAAUCCGUUACUUCGAAUACCAAGUGUAAGUCGGUAAUUUAGUUCAUCUAUUUGCCAAAUCGAAUAAGCAUCGUCGCCCUGCUCCCUGUAGAAAUGUAUGUAGUGUUGUGAUCGGUGUGUGUUGUUUACUACGAGUAGGCAUAACUACGAGGAACGUUACUUUUUGAAUACGUCAAAUACAACUGAACUUUGUGGGUGCAACAAUGGCUGGUGGAGAUGCGGAGAUCUGUGGUUUUCUCGAUGCUAAGCUGCCUGGCAACAGAGGAAUGACACAGAGAGUUAAGAAGCGUUCUUUAGCACCUUGGAAGGUAUGGAGACGCCACUGGUGUUCGAUCAGAAAAUUAGGUUCUGGACUUGGAAUUGAAGUAAGAUUAGACUGUGGAAUAAGCAGCGGCGGAGCUACGGUACCCAAAGAUAGAGACAAUGCGAUAAAAAUACCAGCAGACGCUAUAAUAUGUCGUACAGAAUCAAGGUCCAAGCAAUUUGCUUUUGGAAUUUUUCCUGCCAAAGAAAGAAAACCCUUACUCUACCUUUCUGGCAACUCUGAAACUGAAACUCAACGCUGGAUGGCCAAUCUCAGGCAGGUGCUCAAACCCCGAAGACAUCGCUUCAUGGAGGGCAUGUUCCAUGUUUCAAUGGUUGACAAUGCACAUUCCAGGGCAGCAGGUCUAACAGGACUCCAUGGUGAUCUGGUCGCCAGUCGAUUAGGUGUAUUCAUCAAGGAUGUUAAUUCCGGAGAAAUAAAGGAAAGUCUGGAAUGGAAAGAAUUGAGUCAAUUCCAUCUUCCAGCUGCAGGACGACCGGAAGAUGUUAAAAGAAUUUGUGUAAUCCACACAUCUAAAGAAUUCCGUGGUGGUAUCGGUGAACUGCAUUUGUUUUGUUUCGAAGCUGGAAGAUUGCUUCAAGAUUUCGUUACUCAGGGUAGGGGUCCAAGACACAAGCAUUUGAAUCAGAGGCCGUUAAGUCUGAGUGAAGGAGAUUUACGGAUCUCUGUUUACAACGAGGGAGAUUCUGGUACUCUUCCAGUAUUAAAAUCUAAAAUUGCAUCCAGUUUGAUAAGCGCUGGCUUAGGCUUAUUGCUAUCGACAAGAUCUGGUAGUGAAGCAAAGUUGUUGGAUGAUAUAUCUGAAAAUAAAAUUUUAGAAAAAAUAGCUGGCCCAAAAAUGAACAUGUGCACACGAGCAAUCGACAAUGUGUACCAACCCGAACCAGCCAGUAUUCCAAACAUUGGAUCGAGUUUAGAAGAACUAGAAGAACCCUGUCCAAGAAGAGUUUCCAACAUAUCAGUAGCCUCUGGUAUUUAUGAAGAAAUUAUGGAUGAUAUUGAUCCAUCAAGAACAAUAAAACUUCCUUAUAAUAUGUAUGAAGAUCCAGAGGAAUUACUUUUUGGACCCUGUGGCCCCAGGCAGCCUCCGCCACCUCUUCCACCUAGGCAAAGAUGUGGAUCUGGAUCAACUCGCAACGGGAGCAUUAGUGACGAUGGCUUAGACUCUGAAGGUGGUACUAGAUCGGCUACGCCAAGUACCCAGGAAGAUACUACGCCAACGCCGACACCGGAGGAUAAAACGAUUACCAGCCAAACACCCAUUGAUAAUUCGGAAUAUGUUCCAAUGUCGCCAAGACUGAAAGAUCUUCCAUAUCAGGCUCAAAAUCCUGCUCAGGAAGAAUUUUAUAUGAUAAUGCGCUGACGAUGUGUUCAGAUCCGAGUAUCGUGAUUUGACAUUAUGGUAGGUACCAUUUCAGGUGAUAAUGUGAUUAGAAUAUAAUGGCAGCACAAAAUAACACGGAGUGACCGACUCAUACUUUAUCCAAAAUUAUGAAGAUAUUUGCCAGAUUUUUAUAACAACGCGAUAUGUUAUUAAUUCUUGAAUCAAACGAGCAGCUUAUAUCGAGCUAAUUAGCAGGUGACUGUCAUGAAUAACUGUGAUUCAGAAGAUGCUGCUUAUUUUCAUUUUUAAAAGUAUAGUCAGACGCUAUUUCUUCACAUGUCCUGAAUCCCGGAAAUUCAACUUGGUGUAUAAGCGUAUCAAUGAAAAUGCUACCUGCAGUAUUUACAGUAUGUAAUCCUUUUUUUUUACUGUGUUUUAGUGAAAUAAAAAUUAGCAUGGUAAGGUUUCGAUAGUGAAAUUGACGAAUCAUAGUCCUUACAACGACUGUUAAUUAUUAGUAUUAGAUGUACGUAUUCUAUAAGAGUAGCGUUUUCCACACGAUUUUUGAAAAAACAAAAAAAAAAACGAGUGAUUAAUUAAUAUGUGAUCAUUGGAUCGAUGAAACGACUUCCGUCGACAAUUGUCUGGCUAGAAAGCCAAUUGAAAUAUUUGCAUUGAAAUAGAGAAAAAUUCCUUCUUAACUUGCAUAAUAAGUUUUCUUAGUUUGCCUUUGGUGCUGUGCGGUAAAUAAUAACAAAAAAGAAUAGAAAGUCUUACAUCAAGGGCAUUGAUAUUUGUAGUUUAGGUAAUUGAUGAAUUAUAGAUACUCAGCUUUUGCUCAAAAAGGUUUCUACAAUUUAUUCACCGAAUUUUGAUACUCCAAAUAUUUGCCCCAUACGUGUACAAAAAUACAGUCAAAUUAAGGUAACGAUUGAUGGUAAUUUGUCGCAAUUAUAAUCGCUUUUAUAUGAUAAUUUUACAUGACUUCAUAACAAUAGAAUGUAUUUAAUAUUAGAUGUUCAAAUCACUGCCUACUGCCUUUUGCUAUGUGCCUCGAUCUGCAUUGUAUAAACUUUGAAUAAGCUUGUUGACGUUUAAAUUAUUGUUGAAUUUGUCGCAUUGGACAAAAGAGUUUUGAACUUACAGAAUUCAUGAUUUAAAAAUUACUCCUGGAUUUGAAAAUGAUUUGUUCUUUAUUGCCAUGUUAUAUGGUAAGAGAACUGUUUUUUACAAUAACUUCGAUUACGUGCAUAGAAUGUGUCGGUUUUAGUGGUCAUUGUAUAUAUAUUUAGAAAAGAAUGUUGAGCAUUUAAAUACAGAGUUACGAAAUAAUUUCGUACAAAAAAAAAAAAUCUGUAAACUAUUUGAUGAGCCAGUAUUACGCGCCUGUUCAAAAUACAUACCUAAUUGACGAGACUUCUUUUUUGAGCUUUGAUUCGUGUACUAAAUGAAAAUAAUGUGAUCUGACAAUUAUUAUAUCAAUUAUGGAUAGUUAAUAUGUUAUUAUGAUGUUUUGAUUAUAAGUUUAUCACUAUAACUUUGGUAACACAUUAUAAAAUUAGUAAAAAAAUAUUAGCUUAUCGCGGAGUGCUUAUACAUAUUACUUACUAGUGAUAUUUUACAGUUGCUUCUUACAUGAAUGGAAUUUAAUGAAUAAAAGUUCAAAGCC